AUGCCUGUAUCUGACCUUCUCAAGCCUCUAGCUGUAUUUUGCAGCCAACUCCAAUCUCAACCAUACGUCAAGAAAAUCCAGAACCUGGGCGAUGCAUGGCGCACUCUUCCCGAACCACAUUUCACCGAGACUGACAUCAUCAUAAAAACCACAUCCGAUUUUACCUUAAGAAUCAUAAUCGAACAAAAUGGAAACAUCUCCGUUGAGAUGGCGACGUCCGGGGAGCACAAAACCGCCCUCGCACCUGAUCCAGUCCAUCAGCGGUGUAUUUCCUUCGGUUAUAGCAGGUGCUUUAUCUGGCGGAAUUACAAUGAUAUCGAAUAUGAGAAAUAA